AUGGCAGCACUCGCCCCAACUGACAGGGUCGAUCUUGGGCAAGAUAUCGACCUCAAUGCGUCGCCGGCCGGCAGCAUUGACACCAACACCACCGUCAACACCACCCCGGAUACCGAGUUUUCGCCGCCGGAAAGCCCUAUCCAGCGGAGCGGCCCGCCGAAAAAUGCGAGAACGCUAGCGAAAACCAAGCUGGCCUCCUUGGCCCUGGAGGAAAAGGUGUCCCUAUUGGCCGCCGCAGACUUCUGGAGAACGAAGGCGAUUCCGUCCAAGAACAUCCCGGCAGUUAAGACAAGCGACGGGCCGAACGGUGCUCGUGGCGGCAUCUUCGUCGGGGGCACGAAGGCGGCGCUUUUCCCUUGUGGUAUUUCGUUGGCGGCAACAUGGAACAAGGACAUCCUUUACCAAGUUGGCCAGCACCUUGCGGAUGAGGUUAGAGCUCGGUCGGCCGAUGUUCUCCUUGCCCCCACGGUUUGCUUGCACAGACACCCGCUGGGCGGGCGGAACUUUGAGUCUUUCUCCGAAGACCCUCUCCUCUGCGGCAAGCUGUCUGCCCAGUACAUCAAGGGUCUCCAAGAGAAGGGCAUUGCUGCCACCAUCAAGCACUUUGUCGGUAAUGAGCAGGAGACGCACCGAUUGACAAUCAACUCGAUCAUUGCCGAAAGGCCGCUUCGUGAACUGUACCUCCGCCCAUUCGAGAUCGCCAUCCGCGAAGCCAAGCCAUGGGCGGUCAUGUCUUCGUACAACCUCGUGAACGGCCUUCACGCUGAUAUGAACACGCACGUUCUUCGGGAUAUUCUCCGUGGCGAGUGGGGAUUCGACGGAACCGUCAUGUCGGAUUGGGGUGGCGUAAACUCAACCGUCGAAUCGAUCAAGGCCGGAUGCGACGUUGAGUUCCCCUACUCUGACAAGUGGCGCUUCGAAAAGGUCAUAGACGCCCUCAAGGAGGGAAGAAUCGAGGAGGCUGAUAUCGAUCGCGCAGCCGAGAACGUCCUCACGCUGGUCGAGCGGACCAAGGGCAGCGAUCUGACCCCGGAAGCCGCCGAGAGGGAGGACAACCGGGAAGAGACGAGGAAGCUCAUCCACGAACUCGGUGUGCAGGGCCUCACGCUCCUGAAGAAUGAGGGAUCCAUCCUGCCCAUCAACCCCACAACCGCCAAGGUUGCCGUCAUCGGACCCAAUGCUAACAGGGCCAUCGCUGGCGGCGGUGGCAGCGCCAGUCUUAACCCCUACUACAACACCCUUCCCCUAGACAGCAUCCGCAAGGUGGCCCAGCAGCCGGUUACCUUCAGCCAGGGAUGCCAUAUCCACAAGUGGCUCCCGGUUGCCUCUCCUUACUGCUCUGACAAGACGGGGAAGCAGGGUGUCUCGAUUGAGUGGUUCAAGGGCGACAAGUUCGAGGGGCAGCCGACCAUCGUCCAACGGCGGACCAACACGGACCUCUUCCUCUGGGACUCGGCGCCCCUUUCCGAGAUUGGGCCGCACUGGUCGGCCAUCGUGACCAGCUACCUGACGCCGCCGAGCACCGGCAAGCACACCAUUUCGUUCAUGUCUGUCGGCCCCGGCAAGCUGUACAUCAACGGCAAGCUCGCGCUAGAUCUCUGGAACUGGACCGAGGAAGGCGAGGCCAUGUUCGACGGUUCCAUCGACUACCUGGUCGACGUCGAGAUGCAGGCCGGCAGGCCCGUGGAGCUCCGCGUCGAGAUCACUAAUGAGCUGCGCCCUCUGGCGAAACAGAAGCAGUUCAACAUGACGCACAAGUACGGUGGCUGCCGUAUCGGUUUCAAGGCGGAGGACCAGGUCGACUAUCUCCAAGAGGCCGUCGAUGCCGCCAAGGCGGCCGACGUGGCCGUGGUGGUGGUGGGGCUGGACGCCGAGUGGGAGUCGGAAGGCUACGACCGCAAGAACAUGGAUCUCCCGUCCGACGGCAGCCAGGAUCGCCUUGUGGAGGCCGUCCUCAAGGCAAACCCCAACACUGUCGUCGUCAACCAGUCCGGCUCGCCCGUGACCAUGCCGUGGGCGGACCGCGUCCCGGCCAUCAUCCAGGCGUGGUACCAGGGCCAGGAGGCCGGAAACGCCCUCGCCGACGUGCUCUUCGGCCUUAAGAACCCCAGCGGCAAGCUUCCGUGCACCUUCCCGCGCCGCCUCGAAGACACCCCCGCGUACAACAACUGGCCCGGCGAGAACCUGGACGUCAUCUACGGCGAGGGCAUGUACAUGGGGUACCGGCACUACGACCGGAUCGGGCUGGCACCGCUGUUCCCCUUCGGGCACGGCCUUUCCUACACCUCCUUCGAAUACGGACGGCCGUCGCUCAGCUCGCGCGUGCUCACCGAGGACGGCACGAUCGACCUGGUGGUGGGUGUCAGCAACGUCGGCGCCGUCCGCGGGCUCGAGACGGUUCAGGUGUACGUGCGCGACGAGAAGAGCCGCCUGCCCCGCCCCGAGAAGGAGCUGGCUGCGUUCGAGAAGGUCGAGCUCGAGGCGGGCGAGACCAAGCAUCUGCGUAUUCCCAUCGAUAAGUAUGCGGUCGGGUACUUCGAUACCUCCAUUGGGCGCUGGAUUGCCGAGGAGGGUACCUUUAGGGUCCUGGUUGCGGCUUCGGCGGCGGAUGUCAAGUACGAUGUUUCGUUCGAGGUCAAGGAAUCCUUCACCUGGUUGUUCUAA